CAAUUAAUUUCUUUUGCAUAACAGUUCUUUCGACGUGCAUUGCACAACUCUUUUGUCAAUUGUCUCUCUCUCCCUAUUUAUUCAUAAAGAAUUUAAUUCCUGCAUACCACACACCGCCAUUAAAUCCGACCUCUAUAUUAUAUCCAUGGCAAACCCUACUCCACCAUUAUCACCACGUCCACAUUCAUCGCCGCCAUCGUCACCUUCCAUGGCUUCGUCAUCUCCAAGAUCACUGUCCCCUCCACGGCCUGCUAUCUCCCUCCAACAACCAACACAUAAAAAGGGUCCGUCAAAGUCAGCAAAACUCUUCCGUCGUUUCCGGGCAGUUUUUCGGUCAUUUCCUAUCAUAACCCCUACCUGCAAGAUUCCGGUAUCGCUCCAUGGAAGCCGCCUCCAUGAUGGGCAUAUUCAUGGUGGGACAAGGAUGACAGGAACCCUAUUUGGGCACCGGAAAGCUAGGGUUAAUCUUGCAAUACAAGAGAGCCCUAGCUCUCUUCCUAUUUUAUUGCUUGAACUCACAAUACCAACAGGAAAAUUACUACAAGAUAUGGGAAUGGGGCUGGUUAGGGUUGCAUUGGAGUGCGAAAAGAAGCCGCACGAGAAGACUAAGAUCAUAGAUGAACCUAUAUGGACAAUGUAUUGCAACGGAAGAAAGAUAGGGUAUGGGGUGAAGAGAGAGCCAACAGAUGAAGAUUUGGUAGUAAUGCAAAUCCUGCAUGUGAUAUCAAUGGGUGCUGGAGUGAUUCCGGAUGAUGGAACAGAGCAGCCGGAUGGUGAAUUAACGUACAUGCGAGCCCAUUUUGAACGAGUCAUUGGGUCUAAAGAUUCGGAAACAUAUUAUAUGAUGAAUCCUGAUGGGAAUAGCGGACCUGAAUUAAGCAUUUUCUUUGUCAGGAUUUGAUGUGUGUAUACUAAAUACGGUACAUUUCGGGAUAUGUUUUCCUUUCUGUUGGUGCUGCCGAAAUUCUUAAAGGGAUGGGGCUCGGAGGAAUCGAAUUCCAUUCUGCAUUUGACUACUAGCCUAAUAACACAUUUGGAAAAUUUUAAUGGAGGUUUAUCUUUUGGCAGCAAAUACUGUGGCACUAGGCCAAGUUCU